UCUUUUGUCUUAGGGCUGGCAACCGCCCGGGACCUUACGAUCAGGCCUGGCCUCGUCAUGGUCGGGCAGAGCCGGGCCGAACAAAUCAAAAGUGCAGGCCGGGCCCAAGCCAAAGCCCAUCUUUCAGGCCACAUUUUGAUUUCUUCAGAGCUUAAACCCCAGUUUUUAAGGGCCGGGCCACGAUAUUGUAAUUCUCCCUCUCGGAUUCUGUCUCUCUCUCUGAUGAGAGCUGGAAAGGUUUUAAUGAGGAGCGGGCGAGCAAGAGCAAGAGCAAGAGCAAAAGCAGAAGCAUGUUAUAAAAAGGGCCGCUUCUCCUCACCGUGUUGGCACGCAAGACAAGAUGCUUGCGCCUUAAAUUUCCCAUUCUCUCUCUACCACUCUCCCACAUUCUCUCUCCAACUCUUCUUUCUCUCACAUCUCUUUUAUUCUCCCCCAUUCUCUCUCUAACACUUCACCCCACAUCCGCUCCUUCUUCCCCCCCUCUCAUACUUCAGCUGCCACUUUCUCUCUCUAAAACUUCAAAAUAUGGCUCCCUCCUCCAAUAUUUUCUCUCUCCUCGCUCUUCUCUCUCUUCUUAUCAUCCCCUCCCUUUCUCUCUCUAAAACCCCCUGCGAACUCCAUGGAAGCUGUGACCCGGAACCCGACUGCACCACCUCCCAACUCGACACUUUCGCCACCACCCUCAAAACCACACUCUCCGAAAUCCAGAAGGCCCUCUCGCUACUCUCCAAAUUCACCGAAUUCAUCCCGAAUUUUCGCCAGCGCACCGCAAUCCAAGAUUGCGUUGACCUCCUUGACCUCUCUUCCGACGAGCUAACGUGGACUCUGUCGCAAACCCCGAAUUCCGGCGUCUCUAGGCCGGUUUUUCCGGCCACGGGCCGCCGGAAGAACGACGUCGCCACGUGGCUCAGCGCGGCGCUUGGAAAUCAAGACACGUGUCUGGAUGGAUUUGAGGGGACUGAUGGCGUGGUUAAGGAACUCAUUCUAGGGAGCCUUGUUCAGGUCACAGGGUUAGUAGGAGAAAUUUUGGGGAUGGUGAAGCAGAUAGCAACAGUACCACUUGGAAAACCGCUUUCUGGUGCUGGAAAGCAGCUUGCGACUGAAGGAAGAAGGCUCAUGGGUGGUUUUCCCUCAUGGUUUCCGUCAAAAGACCGGCGGUUGUUACAAAUUCCGGUAGGUGGGGUAGCAGUAAACGCUACGGUAGCUGCCGAUGGAACGGGAAACUAUACAACGGUAACGGACGCCAUAACGGCUGCGCCUGAUCACAGUGAACAAAGAUACGUUAUAUAUGUGAAGAAGGGGGUCUACAAUGAGAACGUGGAGGUUAAGAAAAAGAAGACGAAUAUCAUGCUUCUUGGUGAUGGUAAAGAUGUUACCGUUAUAACGGGGAACCGAAAUUUCGUCGAUGGGUGGACGACUUUUCGGUCAGCAACUUUCGCUGUUUCCGGCAAUGGCUUCAUCGCCCGUGGCAUUACCUUCGAAAACUCCGCCGGCCCCGAAAAGCACCAAGCAGUAGCGGCCAGAGUAGACUCUGAUCUCUCUGCCUUCUAUCAAUGUAGCUUCAAAGGCUUCCAGGACACCCUUUACGCGCACUCCCUCCGUCAAUUCUACCGCGACUGCGAUAUCUUCGGCACAGUCGACUUCAUUUUUGGAAAUGCUGCUGCAAUCUUUCAAAAUUGUAGAAUCCUCCCCAGAAAACCCCUCCCAAACCAGAAAAACUCCAUCACUGCCCAUGGCCGCAAGGACCCAAACCAAAUCACUGGAUUCUCGAUCCAAUUCUGCAACAUUUCAGGUGAUCCGGAGCUAUUUCCUACUAAAAACUCGACAGAGACUUAUCUCGGUCGGCCGUGGAAGCAAUACUCCCGGACAGUGAUAAUGCAGUCCUAUAUGAGUGAUGUGAUACACCCACAGGGAUGGCUUGCAUGGCAAGGGGACUUCGCACUUGACACCUUGUACUAUGGGGAGUAUAUGAAUUAUGGACCAGGGGCCGGGCUCGGUGGACGGGUUAAGUGGCCGGGGUAUCGAGCAAUGGGUUCAGUAGAGGCUACUAAUUUCACAGUCUCACAGUUUAUCGACGGUGGGUUGUGGCUUCCAGCCACCGGAGUUAAAUUUACAGCAGGUUUGAGCUUCUAGAGUUAGAGUUCCAUUAGGGAGUACUGCUAACCUGCGCAUUGGUCGGCUCAUGGCAAGUUCUUUUAGGGCCGGGUUAGGGCCGGUGUGCAUGACAGAAAGAGGAAAGGGUUAGUAGCAAGGUGUGUGUGGUAGGGAGAGGAAAUGGUUGGUAGACUUCCUCACUUAAUUACUCUCAAAAAAAAUAAAAAAUAAAAAAAAGCUAAUUGGAAGUUAUGGUACGGGUAUAUCCUAUGUUAUAAAGACAUAAGAUGCGGCUGCGAAUGUUUGAUACACGCAUGUCAGAAAUGUCAAUCUCAUAAUAGGUGAGACUUUAAAGCUUCUAUACAUCAAAAGAGGAAGGGGGAUUUUAAGUCGUAUUACGGUACAUUCAUAAUGAGAUUUCAAAACGAAUUGUUAAUAAUAAGUAUCUAAGUUUUUAAAAUAUUAAACACUAGUGUCGUGUCCAGUUUUGUUCUUUUAUUUUUCAAUUAAAUUUUUUGGAAUUUUAGAUGCAUGGGUGUCUAUAAUUUAGCGGGGUAAGAAGUCAUAAUUUUGGGGCGUGUAACAAUGUGAGCUGGUUGUGGUUUUUGUUUCUAUUGUAUUACUUGUAUGAUAUGUUCAUGUUUGUGUAUCCAGAAUUAAUUUAUUACUAAAAUAGAGGUGGAUGUUCAUUUUGUUUCCCAA